AAUUAACAAUUUAGUUUAGUAUUCUGGAAGUUAAAAUUAAUUUUUAUUAGUUCAUUGAACGACUUGAAUAUUGUAGUUAUUAGCGAGUUUGCGGACACGUAUUUUCCGUUACGUUAGACGGCCAUUUUUUCUUGCGGAAAGUUUAUUGUUGUUUAUGAUUUUAAAGAUUUCCUAACCUUACACUUUCUAUGUUGUGAGAAUGGCGAAGCUGUCGGAAAAUGAAAUACUUUUGUUAGAAGAUGAUGAUAUUGGGAGUGCUAUUCUAUAUGAGACUUUAGAAAGAGCAAUUGCAGAGAGGAAAAAACUUUAUUCCAUAAAUAAGUCUAAUUUUGAUUCCAUUCCCUUAGAUAAUUUUUAGUUUCCUAUUCCGAUUUGAGAAAAAUGACAUACAACAUUUGUACUCAGCUUUGCAAUUACCCAACAGGUUUGAAACAUGUGACCAGCACAUUGUGAAUGGUAAUACCUAAAAAGUACGUCAUUUACCGCUCUUCUUAGGUAGUGAAGGGUUAUGCAUGUUGCUCCAACGAUUAGGUUAUCCUAAAACAGAUUGAAGGAACUAUAACAGGUGGAACUUGAUUGGUUUACGUUAUUUAUAAACAUAAGGUAUAAAAGUGUUUUUAUACCGUAUAAUUCUUAAGCUUUUUUACGUUAUAACGACAAGUUUUAUAACGUAAAAUCUACAUCCGCAAACUCGCUAUUGUUGUCGAACUUUUAUGGUAUAACGAUUGAAUUUAAUAAUGCAGAAUCCUGCAUUAUCCAGUGAAAGUCAUUGACAUUAUGGGAGAAAACAAUUUUAGUGAAUACGGUGAAUUAUAGCGUAAAUGAAAUUACGGAUUCACUUUCAAAAAUAAUAAAAAUGGCAAGCGGAACAGGCAUUCCAUUUUUUCAGUACCCCCGUUGUGGAAGAGUCUAGGACACUUCGCCGUCGCCAAUCCGUCGUCGCCAAUUCGCCUUAGCCGAUUUACCGUCGCCCAUUCGCCGUCGGGACAAUUGGUCUUAACCAAAUUCGUCGUUAGCACAAUUCGCCAUGGCCAAUUCGCCGUCGCCGAUUAGAAUAUUGUGUAUUAGCCAUUUGUGAAAUGCGUCGUAGGCCGGAUUCGCAGUACUGUAUACCUUUUAUUGUUCUAUUAUAUUUCAAGAAUGUUAAUGAGGGUGUCCUUUGGUCUAGCGCAAUUAACCAUAAACAGAUUUUGUAUGAAUGAACAACUUGUAUUAUUAUCCUAAUCUCCCUGUCAUUAGCGUAAAUCUGGUUUAUUGUUCCAUUCAACUAUUCUUAUAUCGGUAUAAAUAUACAAAAAUAUGUAGGUAAGUAAAAUUCAGUAUCUAUCUAUAGUGGCUGUAAGUAGGCAGGAAUUAAAGAAUGGACGUGGAAAUUUUAUCUGAAAAAGGGAAACAGAAAUUUACGGAAAAUGGAUUUAUUUAUGUCUUUGAUACAUUUAGUAAAAGUGACAACAGUAUAAAGUUUUGGAGAUGCGAGAAGAGAAAAGAGUGUAAAGCGCGAGUCCAUACCAGAAACGGAGAAGUUCUUAAGAAAAUUAACGACCAUUGUCAUGAUUCUUCAGCGGUUAGCGUGGAAGUGGCACAAGUCGUCACUAAAGUGAAAAAACGUGCUGUGGAGACAAUUGAAGGGACGAUUCAGGUGAUUAAUGAGUGUAUGGUUAAUACAACGCAAGCUGCUCAAGCUGUUCUUCCAAAUACUUGUAGUUUAAGGAAAUUAGUAAGACGUAAACGUAAUGAAGUUAACGCUGCACCACCAAAUCCUUUGACUCUAGCAGAUUUAUUAUUACCAGAUGAUUACAAAACGUACAAACUACGAGUCAAUGUUACGGAAAACUUUCUUUUGGCAGACAACCAAGAUGGAGCAGAAAGAAUUUUAAUUUUUGGAAGGCAGACCUGGCUUCCAUAUUUAGAAACUUCCUCAGUAUGGUACGCAGAUGGAACAUUUUCUAUAGCUCCUCCCUUAUUUUCACAAGUGUACACUUUGAUGGGAGUCAUAAAUAAUGGUGUCCAUCCAAUAUGCUAUGCGUUGUUACCCAACAAAAUGCGAGGAACUUACCAGCGGAUGUUCGAGUUAUUGAAAGAGUUGCUUCCGAAUUUAAACCCUUUAGCAAUCAAUUGCGAUUUUGAGCAUGCUGCAUUUACCGCCAUGAAAACAUCAUUCCCAAACGUAAAUAUUUACGGAUGUUUUUUUCAUAUGGCUCAAAAUAUGAAAAAAAAAAUUGGGGGAAAUGGGAGUGACACGGGAAUACAAUAAUGAUCCGCAAUUUGCACUGAAUGCCAGAAUGGUGACGUCAUUAGCCUUUGUACCCCCCGCACGUUUGGAUGACGCAAUUGAAGUGGUGUCAAACGCAUUACCAGGAAACCUUCAACCGCUUCUCGAUUGGUUUGAAGAUAGUUAUG